AUGGCCGCCAUUGAGGUAGGCUACCACCAUUUUGAUACUGCCGCUUUCUAUCAAUCCGAACAAGCCAUUGGUCGAGCUGUCGUCCAGGCGCUCGAUCUCAUCAAGAGUCAUGAUGAAAUCUUCAUUACUUCCAAGCUAUGGUGCACAGAUGCCUCCCAAUCUUAUUCUCCCUGCCCUCAACACCACACUCAAGUAAGUACUAAGAAGCUGGGUCUGAAGUAUGUGAGUGCGUUUUCUCCCUUGGGAGUUUAUGGAGCUUCCUCCUCGGCUUCCAAUACCGGGAUAGAUUAUUAUACCAUUAUUGAGGACCUCGCUGCUGCAAAAGGGAAGACUCUGCCACAGAUCCAUCAUCCAGCAAGGAGUUUCAACAAGGAGAGGAUGAAGCAGAACCUGGAAAUAUUCGAUUGGGAAUUAGGUGAAUAUGAAAUGAACAAGAUCAACCAAAUUCACCAGCGCAGGUUGUAUGCAGGAGACUUUGUUUACGAGGUUGGACCUUACAAGUCCCUCCACCAACUUUGGGAUGGCGACCCCUAG